AUGACGACCAGUUCCAUAGGACCUGCUGUGCAGAACGCGAAUUUCCCAGUACCGCAAUUCAUCCAGCCAGUUAACUCGACAACCAGCUACUACCACCUUGGGCAAAAUCCACCAUUCGUCGGACGAUACCACUCAGCCUUGCAGAACGUGACUUCCCCAGCACCGCAUUUCAUCCAACCAGUAAACACGACGACCAGCUUCAACUGCCAUGGACAAAAUCCACCAGUCACCGGACGAUACUACUCUGUCUUGCAGAACGUGACUCCUCCGGCACCGCAAUUCAUCCGGCCAGUAAACACGACAACCAGCUUCAACCGCCAUGGACAAAAUCCACCAGUCACCGGACGAUACUACUCUGUCUUGCAGAACGUGACUUCCCUGGCACCACAAUUCAUCCGGCCAGUGAACGCGACGACAAGCUUCAACUACCCUGGACACAAUCAACCAGGCGCCGGACAAAACAAUUCCACCUUGCAGAACGUUACAUCCCCGGCACCGCAACACUUCCGGCCAGCUGCUGUGAGGGGUAAUUCCGCUCGUCGUCGAAGAAAUCCACCGAUCCCCGGACAAGCAUCGCUGCCAGUCUUUCGAUUUGGUUCGUCGCACUCAAGUGGACCAUCUCUGGUACCACAGCAAUACCACAACAACUACGCCCAGUCAGAACCAUCGCUCGCUAACAACGCCCAGCUGACUCAGCCGUACCUGAUGCCCCAAUCUCGCAACCCGUUACCUCGUGGACCAUCUCCGGUGUCCAACCAAUCACGGCCAUCAACACGGUCGAAUGAUCCAUCGAUCUUAUGCUGGGAAUCAACUCUGGCUCCCCCACCCACCUAUCGGUCUAAAGACGAAUCUCUCUUCGAACAGUAUCUAAGUUCAUUGUCGUGGGUGGUGUCUCGCAUGAAGACUAACGACAGCUUGUGUAUUUUGGGUGACUUUAACCAGAGUCAGCUCCGAUGGUCUCCUGCCUUAAGUGGACAUUUUUUCGUUGAUAGUAACAACUCCACAUUAGCCCCCCUAGCAGCUCGGUUUUUGGAUGAACAACACAUGGCAGACCUUCUUCAAAUUAACGGUGUUACAAACGAGAACAACUCGAUCCUCGACCUAUGUCUCAUCAGCAGCGAUAUCGUGGGAAGGUCCAAAAUCUGCAGAGCCCCAGAACCUCUCGUCAAGGAAGUCAGACAUCAUCCCCCAUUACACCUGUGCAUCGAUGAUUGUCAGCCGCUUGAGUUUUCCGAUGUCAAUGCAAAAACCUACUACGACUACAAGAAUGCUGAUUUCCAACGCAUGAACAUCUUUUUUAACACCAUUAACUGGGACGCUACCAUCUCCAGCAGCGAUGUGCACUCUGCAGCGUUGAAGCUAUCCCAUGUGCUUCUGUACGCAGUCGACCAAUUUGUUCCUAAAAAGACCCACAUUCCCCCUGCCACUCCCGAAUGGUCUACCCCAGCCCUCAAAAAGCUGAAAUCCUCCAAGAGAGCUGCCUUGAAAAAGUUUUCCAAGUGCCCUAUUAGUGUCAAUCGCUUAAAUUUGAAUCAGAUCAGCAACGACUACAGGCGGUUGAAUAAGUCACUGUUCCUCGCUCACCAAUCUCGUGUUCAGAACCGCCUCAAACAAAACCCUAAAGGCUUCUGGAAGUUCGUAAACGAGCAACGAAAGGAGUCUGGCCUUCCGUCAACUAUGAUCCGUGACGGGGUGGAAGUCUCAACCUCAUCUGAGAUUUGUGAUGCCUUCCGUGUCCAAUUUUCGAGCGUUUUUGCUGACAACAACCUAAGCGACCCUGAUGUUGCUGCGGCAGCUGACUCGGUUCCUGAUUCCGGUCUUGUCUGCUCUGACCUUCAAGUCUCUCGGGAGGACUUUAAUGCAGCGUGUUCGAAAUUAAAAAGUUCCACGUCUCCCGGACCUGACGGAGUUCCCGCUAUCGUUAUCAAAAAGUGUGCAAAUAGCCUCUCGGAGCCACUCCUUCGAAUCUUUAAUUUAUCACUUUCUCUUGGAGUUUUCCCCAAUAACUGGAAGGAGUCAUAUGUGUUCCCAGUGUUUAAGAAGGGUUGCAAGCAAGACGUUAAAAACUAUCGCGGUAUUGCCGCCCUCUGUGCCGUCUCCAAGUUGUUUGAAGUGAUUGUUUUGGAGUUUCUUCGCCACAACUUAUCGCACGUCGUCUCCGAUGACCAGCACGGGUUCUUCCCUAAACGUUCCACCAAUACGAAUCUUGUCACUUAUAUUUCCAAGAUCCAACGUGCGAUUAGCGAUGGCUAUCAAGUCGACGCCAUCUAUACUGACCUUUCUGCGGCAUUUGACAAAAUUAACCACCGUAUAGCAAUUGCGAAACUUCGCCGUGUUGGCCUACACGGCUCUUUGCUUACGUGGGUAAACUCCUACCUGACCGGAAGAACUAUGUUGGUUAAAAUCGCCGAUAACUUGUCUUUACCGUUUUCUGUUACCUCGGGUGUUCCACAGGGAAGUCAUUUAGGGCCGUUUCUUUUCCUGUUGUAUAUCAAUGAUGUCAAUUUCCUGCUUCGCUGUCCUAAACUAUGCUACGCUGACGAUUUUAAAUUGUAUGCUAUAAUUAAGAGGCCUACUGACAUGGAAGAUUUGCAAGCUCAGGUUGAUUUAUUUGCUGACUGGUGCCGCUUGAAUCAGAUGGUUCUCAAUCCUUCAAAAUGUUCGACAAUUACAUUCACCCGUAAACGCUGCCCAACGUUUUUCAGUUACAAAAUUCUUGGUAACCCACUUACUCGUGACUCUUUUGUCAAGGAUUUAGGCGUGUUGUUGGAUUCGAAGCUUUCUUUUAAAAACCACAUUUCCUAUUUGUGCUCGAAGGCUUCUAAACAGCUAGGAAUGAUUUUUAGAAUGACCAAAUAUUUUCGCGACGUCAAUUGCCUAAAAAUUCUCUAUCUUUCCUUAGUUCGCUCCACCCUAGAGUACGGUUCAGUUGUGUGGGCUCCAUAUUAUCAUAAUGACAUUGGACGAAUCGAAGCGAUUCAACGUAAAUUUACAAGAUUUGCUUUAAGACAUCUUGGUGAGUGUCCAAAUUACGAAACUCGUUGCUCUAUGCUCCACCUUGAUCCUUUGAGUGUUCGUAGAGAAGCUGCUAAAGCCUUUUUUGUUGCUGACCUUUUCCGAUCAAACAUCAACUGUCCUUUUCUUACGAGUGAACUGAACGUCAACAUUAGACGCCGGGUGCUUCGCUCACACUCUUUUCUCGUUAUACCUGGAGCCCGUACAAAUUAUGCCUUCAAUGAACCUGUUUCUAGUAUGUGCAGGGUUUUUGAACGUUGUUACCCUUUUUUCGAUUUCCAUUUGUCUCGUCCCCGUCUGAAGCAUGAUAUUUUUAAUUUUCUCAGGGAAGCAUAUGUGUUUUGACAAAGGUUUAGACCGGUUUAUUUUUAGUUAGUUUUAUUUAUUUAUUUAUUUAUUUAUUUAUUUUUUACAUUGUGCUAGUUUAGUUUGUUAGCUUAAGUUUGAUUGUAUAUAUCCUCUAUGUCAUUUGGAUUGUAAAAUCUGUUGAUAAUAAAAAAAUAAGAGGUUUUGUGCCUAUUUGAGAAGGACCCAUCGGUAGGCGUUCCACUCAAACGGGCUUUUCC